CCCAUAGAGAUACCAAUUAACGACCCGUAUUUUAAACCUAGAAGAUGUAUGAACUUUGUACGAACUGUUACAGUUGACGACCCGAAAUUAAAAUGCAAGUCAGGUGCUCGAGAACAGAAGAAUACUAUAACGUCAUAUAUAGACGGUAGCAGCAUAUAUGGAAGCAGCGAAGAUGAGCAGAAGAAAUUAAGACAAUUCCAAUAUGGUUUACUGAAAGUCGGUAUGUAUGGAAUGUUACCAGAAGAUGUUGAUGGGGAUUGUGUUAAACGAAACGUGACAGAUUUCUGUCUUUUAGCCGGUGAUUCGAGAGUCAACGAACAUCCGGGUCUUUCUGCUUUCCACACAAUAUUUGUGAGGCUGCACAACCGAAUAGCAAAGCAGUUAAGACGAUUGAAUAUCAGGAACCGUUUAUGGAAUGAUGAGAAACUUUUCCAGGAGACACGUAAAAUAAUAGCCGCCAUUUUACAACAUAUAACGUAUAAUGAAUGGCUGCCCCUUGUUGUUGGACCAGCAGCCACCCAAAAAUACAGAUUAAAGACAACGUUUGGUGUGAUGCAUCGAUAUGACGAUAACCUGGAUACUAGAAUAAUCAACAGUUUCUCUACAGCUGCGUUUAGAUACGGCCAUUCUACGAUACCGAACGCGUGGUCGUAUGGUGAUAUUUAUAUGUUACUUGUAGAAAUGUUUAACAGUCCAUUCUAUAUCGUCGAUCACCAAGGUAAAGGAUUAAAUCUAAUUGUUGAAGGUAUGCUAAAAGAUUCAAGUCAGGACACCGAUCAUAUAUUCAGCGACGGUGUUAAAAAUAAACUUUUUCAAAAUUUUACCGUACCGGGUUUAGAUCUAGCUGCUUUAAACAUUCAAAGAGGCAGGGAUCACGGUCUGCCACCUUACAACAAAUAUAGAAAAUACUGUGGGUUAACACCUAUUGGUUUUGACGGUAGUACGCCACAGGUUCGAGCCCUGGAACGGGUUUAUAGGGGGCGUGACUGAAUCAGCUAUAUAUAGAGGUGUUGUCGGUCCAACCUUUGCCUGUAUAAUCGCCGAACAGUUUCAUAAUCUCAAAUAUGGUGAUCGAUUCUGGUUUGAGAAUCUUCGUCCUCCGACACCAUACCUUGGCGGGAAUCCCGCUGGCUUU